AUGAACGUUAUUAGUGCCCAUGCCCCGCAAGUAGGUUUGGAUGAGAAGGAGAAGAAGGAGUUUUGGGAGGUUUUAGAUGAGGUAGUGAGGAGCAUCUCGAGCACUGAGAAGCUUCUUAUGAGAGGGGAUUUCAAUGGGCAUAUUGGGUCUUUGCCAAGAGGUUUAAAGGGUGUGCAUGGUGGUUUUGGUUUUGGGGAGCGGAAUGAUGGAGGAUCUGCUCUUUUGGAUUUUUCUAGGUCUUUUGGGUUGUGGAUAACGAAUUCAAGCUUUUCGAAGAAGGAGGAACACCUUAUUACGUUUCGUAGUUUAGUGGACAAGACUCAGAUAGAUAUUUUGCUUCUUAGGAAAAGGGAUAAAGCACUUUGUAAAGACUGUAAAGUCAUACCUAGCAAGAAUCUUUUGACUCAGCAUAGGUUGUUGGUGAUGGAUUUGGUUAUCAAUAAGGGAAAAGGAAAGAGAAGCGUGGAGGAUCGGCCUAGGAUUAAGUGGGGGUAG